UGUGAACCUGAUUUCAAUACAGACACACAAACGCGCACGAACUCGACAAAACGAAGCAUUGUGCACAAAUACAGAGGAAAACCCAUUCACCGGCGUUCACUAAUCCCUCAUACCGCUUCAGAUAUGAAUCACAGUUGAAACGGUGCUGCACAAUAAAACAACGAACACAAAAUAAGUUAUUUCGUUGAACCAUGUCUGGUCAAGGCAGAUCGUUCUACCCAUCGUUAAGUUCGCAUCAUCGAACACAUGAAACACAUCGAACUGUGUCACAUUCUCAGCACAGCACAGCUCAUCGCACUGCUAGCUCGACAUCGUCAAGUCAAUGGCGCUCCGAAACGAACAGCAGAGGACAUCUGAUCAUCGCCAAGAAAUCGGAACCAUCGAAAGCGGCUGAAAAACGUGUCGAAAAGAAAAUUGGGACCAUUUUGGCUGAUUUUAACGAAAGAGCCCGACAUUCCGAAAUCACACAAACCACCGCAAACAUCAUGCGAGCGGUGCACAAGUACAACCGCGGCGAAUAUAAUGACACGGAACGGCCAUCGGUGAGCAAAACCACAGCCAGUGCUUCAAGAAUGCAAGUUCCAGGAUCAUCUCAAACGCAACACAAAUCAGCACUCAAAAUCACACCGAAGAAAACUAGUGUAGUUGAACCGAAAAAGGUCGCCAAUAGAUUGGCCAGCAUAAAUCAAACACGUGCAAAUGGGCAAAGAAUCCCAAGAGAGCUCAUGUCAUUGUACAACUCAGAUGGAUUUGUCGAAAAGCCACCAACCAAUCGGAAACGUACACCGAAAAAGGUCAUGCGAUUUUCUGAAUCACUGUAUACAAAGACAACACGAUCAUCAACACGUCGCAAAUCAGAUGGAAUGGCUGUUCAACAAAAAACCAUCGAAAAGAAAGUCGUUCAACCGACCACGUCAACAUGGUAUUCAUCGGGUGCUUCUCAACAUCACAAGACUACUGUCACACAGACAAAAGCCACCGUUCAACAGGUUGAACGCACCGUUACAUCAAUUGUCACAUCUGCUUCACCAGUACCAGUACCAGUUUCAGCGGUAGUACUACAGCCACCAGCCGUUGUGCGCACAAUUUCCCAGGCAACCACCGUUUCGACUCAGAGAAAUGGUGGCGCAAACUUUACGCACAAUCGCAUCAAAAUCUCGCACUAUCCGAUGAUCGAAGUUAAAUUGGAACAAUAAAUAUGUUCGAAUCGACGAAUGAAAUCAAUCUCAAAUACAUACCUCAACUCAGCACAAGGAAUGCGCCAAAAAUUAUGUUAAAAUGUUCUCAAAACACGCCAUCAGAAUGGCAACAUUGAACAAAGUUUAGAAAAAUAAGAAUCUACAAAGAGUUGCAUCGACUCUCGUUUAAAACGCCUUACAAUGUACUUACAAAAUACGUUCCUGCUAUAAAUAUAGAUUAUUUUCGGCGAUAAA